AUGGCGGGUGGCCGGCUCGUGGUCGCCCCCCUGGGCUCGGCGCAUGCUCUCGUCGUCGUGGCCGCCCGGCGCUGCCCGCCGCCUGCGUUGUCAGCCGUGCCCGGAGGCGCCGCGCGUCGCGUCGGGUGGCGCCGGCUCAGGAGCCCGGGGAGCGGAGAGGUCUCGGCGCGGAGGAGGCCCCGAGCGGUGGCCGCGGGCGGGCGGGAGCGAGCGGAUGCUGCGAUGCGCGCUCGCUGGACCUCUCGACUCGCGGAUCAAUCCUCGCAGCCCCCUUCCGCCCUCCGCUCCCGGCCGCGCCGCGCGCGCUCCGCCGCGGACCCCGCCGUAACUACCGUCCACUGCUCGGCGGCUGCAGCUGCUAGUUUCGCUCCGAUCGCUGCAGUGGAAUGUAAAGGAGAAAUGCGCACGAAUCUAACCUUCGCCGACUACUUCUUUUGA